AUGAAUUCCAUAGUGAUUUGGAAUUGUAGAGGAGCCAAGAAAAAAAAGGCUUCUCUAUACCUUAAGGAGAUUGUUAAAGAUCAUAAAGUUAUUUUUGUUGGUCUUUUGGAAACUAAAUUGUCUUUUAUUGACAAUAUGGAAGUGGAAUCUUUAAUUGGAAUUGGUUGGGAAUUUUGUUAUGUUCCUUCAGCUGGUCUUUCAGGAGGGAUUUUGGUCAUGUGGAAGAGCAGGUUGGCUUCAUUUAAUGUGAUAGAUACCUCUUCACAAUUCAUUAUAGGUGAUCUGGAUAUUCCUCUCAUUAGUAAAUGGAGGAUUUCUACUUCUUAUGGAAGUAAACAAGUUUACAAAAGAAGAGAACUUUGGAAAGGUUUAGAACCUCACAUUUCUAAUGAUUUUCCUUUAAUCAUUGAUGGGGAUUUUAACUGUUUGCUUGCUAUAGAAGAGAAGAGGGGAGGUAGAAGAUUUCUAUUGUCUACGGGGCCUAAAGAUAUGAAGUCUUUUAUGACUUCUAAUAAUCUUUAUGAACUUAAAUUCAUGGGACCUAUGUUUACUUGGAGUAAUAAUAAGAAAGGGCUGGACCGGCUCAUGGAAAGAUUGGAUAGGAUGAUUGUUAACUCUUACUCUGUCAAUACUAACCAACUUCUAGUGGUUAAGCAUCUUCCUAGAAUCGCAUCUGAUCACUGUCCUAUUCUUUUGAAUCUUAGCAGUUCGUCUCCUAAACUCAGCAAUUCUAUCAAAUUUGAGAACAUAUUGGCUUCUUACCCGGCAUCAUAUUCUGUGGUGAAUAACGUUUGGAACAGGAAAGAUGUUGGUUCACCUUCUGAUAUCCUUAAUACUAAAAUGAGAAGAACUCUGAAAACUUUUUACUUUUAG